AUUAUUUCAGAGGGUAAAAGAAGUUUAAAUUAUAUAUUAGAAAAAAUGUAUGUAAAAAUUGCAAGUGCAAUUAGUAAAGAAAUUAUAGAAAAAGUAAAAUUAAAUAUUAGUAAAAGUUUAUUAAAAGAUAAAAAUAAUCAAUUUGGAUAUUAUUUAGCUGGUUUAUUUGAAGGAGAUGGGCAUAUAUCCUUACCUUUUUUAGGUAAUACUACGUUAAAUAGAGUUCUUAAUCCUAGAAUAGUGUUUACUUCACAUGAAAAUAAUCUAGAAUUAUUUGUUAAUAUACAAACAAUGUUAAAAGAAAAAGGUCGUUUUCAAAAAUCUGGGGGUAACACUAUUAGAUUUAUUAUAGGAGAUAUCGAAGGUAUAAAAUUAUUUAUAGAUACAAUCAAUAAUAAAUUAAGAACACCAAACAAAAAUGAAAGUUUAAAUAAUUUAAUAGAUUUUAUUAAUAAAAAAUAUAAUUUAGCAAUACCAUUUAGUGUAUUAGAUGAAUCAGAUUUUUCGGAAAAUAAUGGACAUUUUGGUGUAAAAAUAGUAGAAGCUAAGCCAAAAUCGGAUACUCGUAAAAGAUCUGUAAGUAAUAGUAUAUCUCUAAAAUUCAGAUUAGACCAACAAUAUAUAGAAAAAUUAAAUAGAGAAUCUAAUUUUAAUAUAAUGGAAAAACUAGCUAAUUUUUUAGAUUGUAAAUUAUCAAUUUAUAAUAAUAAAACUGGUAAAGUAUUGUCAUUAAAUGUAACAUCACUAGAAAAGGUUGGAUUUGUUGUAAAUUAUUUUAAUCAAUAUCCUUUAUUAGGAACAAAAUGUAAAGAUUUUAAAGAUUGA